UACUGUUUGAUUACACAGUGAGGUAAAUACGUUAUUAUUUUGAAUUACACAUAUUCAAUAAAGACCAAUUAACAAGGCAUCCUAAAUGAACUCACUGCACAAUUUUGGUUAAAAACACUUCAUAGAGACAAUCAAGAGUUCUCUAGAGCCUUCAGGAUGCAUGCUCUCUGUUUUCCCUCCAGUACCCAAACUGGGUUUUUGGUCCACCCAAAUCGGUAUUGUGGUGGUAUCUGGUUCCUCUUUUGGGGUUCUAAUCCUCAUCAUUUCUUUUUUCACUUCAUUAAUUACAGCAUUAAUGGUCCUGACAAUUAUUAUCUCCAAAAUCUUUCUUCAGACCAAAUUUUUCUUAGCAUUCAUUAUCUUCUGGCCUCUCGUUUCACUCUUAGAUUGCAUUUGCAUUUAUUGUCUUCCAUUUUCUUCUACAAAGCCUCUCACUAUCAAAUCAUCAGAUAUCUCUUAAUCCCAUUUUCCUUCAUCAAGAUGGCGGCGAAGAGAAUCGAAAGACUUGAUGAUGCUUGGGAGAAUAGAAUAAUCAUGAUGUCUACUCAGGUUAGAGGCCAAGCUAUGACCAGAGGCAAGCCAAGAGCUUUGCCCUCCUUGAUCCUCAACUCAUGUCAGGCCUCCCCUGCCUCUGUGGUGGAAACCCCAUUGCCUGAUUCUCAGGUGCGAGGUAAAGGUUUGGCGUGUGCUUCUGGGGUCAAAAGGCCUACUUUUCAAGCAUGUCAAGCUAGUGUAGGUGGUUCAAUGCGCUCGAUGCUUAAGCGAGCCAGAGCUGGUGAUGUUGAUGUUACUGGCUCCUCUUCAAUUCCUCAAGAUGAACAGGCGGGUGAUGCUGAGCACACCCGCCCGGAAAAAUGAGCCUUAUAUGUUGGAAUGCUCGAGGAUUGGGGAACCCUCGAGCAUUCAAUCGGCUUUCGCACAUGAUCAAGUCUCACAAACCUGUUCUUAUUUUUUUGAUGGAAACUAGGCUUAAACCGAAUUCAGUUGAUAGGUUUAAAGCUUGUUUAGGUUUUGAUUUUGGUCUUGAAAUCCCUAGGCAGUAUUUUGGAGGGGGUUUACUUUUGUUGUGGAAGGCUGAUAUUUCUGUAAAUAUUAUAAACUAUUCCUCUAAUCAUAUAGAUUGUACUGUUUGUUUUAAUACUAAUGAAUUAUGGCAUUUUACUUGUU